AUGACUCGAGUCAUUAUUCCAUCGGCCGAAUCCACCGGCAGUUGUUACUCUUUGUUGGCACGCUAAAUUUAACCCGACGGCCCAGAAUGUCGCUUCUGCGCCCAAUCGUGGUGCUCGCGCUCAGUGCGGUGUGCAUGGGCUAUGCGGCGACGGUCAUCACGGCGCCCUCGUCCAACAACAGACCCAUCAUCGGGGUUUUGUCCCAGGAGCUGUCCAGGUCGCUGGAAAAUGAAUGGGGCGAGCUGAACUACACCAGUUUCAUCGCGGCGUCUUACGUCAAGUUCUUGGAGAGCGCUGGGGCCAGGGUGGUCCCCAUCAAGAUAAACCGCGAAAUGUCUUACUAUACUGACGUCAUUAACUCGAUUAACGGUUUGCUCAUCCCCGGCGGCGCCAACUUUUACAACACGUCUGGAUACGGACUGGCGGGCGAAAUUCUCUACAACCUGGCCAUCGAUCUCAACAACCAGGGCGACUACUUUCCCAUCUGGGGCACUUGUCUCGGCUUUGAACUGCUCAUUUACCUCAUGGCUGGAAAGGAUGAUCCCAGAAUCGUGUGCGACGCGUGGGACAAGGCGGACCCGCUUGAUUUCGAAAUUGGGUUUAACAAGAGCAAAAUUUUCUCGCCUGCUCCCAGUUCUGUGGUUGAUAUUUUGGCGACUGAACCUGUGACCGCCAAUUUCCACAGAUGGUGCGUCACAAAAGAGCUUUUGACUGAAGCUAAUAUUGUCAACGACAUUGAUAUUCUGGCCACCAGCGUGGAUCACGAAGGUCUGCGGUACGUGGCCGCCUUUGAGUCCAAGACGUACCCUUUCUUUGCUGUGCAGUUCCAUCCUGAGAAGCCAGCCUAUGAGUGGAACAUUAGAGAGAAAAACAUUCCGCACACGGCCAAUUCCAUUCAUGUUUCUUCCUAUUUUGCUGAAUUCUUUGUGAACGAAGCUCGCAAGAGUACCCAUCAGUUCCCAACUCUUGAGAAAGAGAGAAGCAGUCUGAUUUAUAAUUAUGCGCCUACUUACACUGGAGCCGCGAACAAAACUUACGAUCAGUGUUACUUUUUUACUGACUGAUUUUGUUACUUAAUUUUUAAAUUGGAUUUCAAAGACGGUUGAGUUUAUUUUUAAUUGUAAAAUAAAUGAGCAUAAAAUAAAAUUGAGUAUGUAAAUAUAUCCAAAUUGAAAAUAAAAAAAUUUAUUUUCUUGUCAUC